UCACUUCGGUAGAUAUUUACGAUAUGGGAGGUGUUGUUUGUGCACGAAACAUCGUCUACUUUCUUCAGUAUCAUAUACGUAUGCGUACUCUCUAGUUGCGUGAUUUUGUUUUGCUUCUGUAGAUCACCCAUCUUGACCUACGUAAUUUGUUGUUUUGUUCCUGUGCAGUUACAUUAAGUUUCAGUAUUCCAUCUGUUAAGUUUGUAAAAAUGGUCUUGCGAAGCUCGUACACCCGGCGGCUACAACUGAUCGCCAGUGUUCUCGCACUAAGACACUCAUCGCCGCUUGUUGCACAAAGCUGGAGAAACUACUUGGGUCUGGGAUCGCGAACACAACAACGGUGCAUCGGUAACAAUCGCGACGUCAUCUCGCGACUACAGGCCCUGCUGCAACGCACCACUAAGCUAAAGACAUCCAUCGAAGCGAAGCCAUCCGGCACCGGUAAAACAACUGCCACUACAGGCGUAGUAGGAUUUCUAGCGUCGUUUUCACUGUUCUCAUCCGGUAAAUCGAAAAAAGACUCCGCAACGGAUAAGGAAGCCGGUGCUAAAAUGGCCGAAAUGCAAGCAGCCCAAAGUCUGAGCGAGACCAUCCAACACUCGGAUCAGCUGUUCGACGAGAAUAACUUCCAGGAGGCGUACGAUUUGCUGGUGAAAAGCGCGAACCCCGAAGCAUACGAAAUCAAGUGGCGCAUGGCUCGGGCACUCUUCAACCUGUCGAAGAGCACCCCCAGCCCCAAGAAGGAGCAAAUGGUCCGCGAGAGCUUCCAGUUUGCAACGGAGGCGCUAGCCCUGAACGAUAACGACUUUGCCUCGCACAAGUGGUACUCGAUUCUGCUGGAUGCCAAGAGCGGUCUGGAUGGAAUCAAGGAACGCGUCACUCAGUUAGAGAACGUCAAGAAGCACAUGAAGCGAGCGUUGGAACUAAACCCAACGGACGCAACCAGUUGGUACAUUUUGGGGCAGUUCUACUACGGACUGGCCGAUCUGCCGUGGUACCAGAGGAAAAUCGUGGCUACGAUUUUUGCUACCCCUCCGGAGGGCAGCUACGAGGAAGCGCUUGAGUGCUUCGAAAAAGCCGAGCAAACUAAACCGAACUUCUACUCGAUGAAUCAUCUGAUGUUGGGCAAAACUCAUCAGGCACUGAAGAACAACGCGAAAGCAAAGGAGUUCCUAUCGCUGGCAGCGAAUGUGACGGUGCUGAACGAAGACGAUAAGCAAGCGAAGGAGGAGGCGGCUAAAUUGCUGAAGAAGUUGUAGGCUGGGUGGCGGGGAUGGGGGAGUUUUUCAAGUCAUGACACUAUGUCGGUUUUUUUUGUACUGAUUAUGCUGUAUUCUGUUAUCAAUUUCGUUAUGUGGAAAAGUAAUAAAUAGAUUUCUGGUAUGAAACUCGUA